GUGCAGGGAGCUUGAGCAGGUCCUCUGUGGCUAUCUGCUCAAGGGGACUGGCCACAUCAGAAGCCUUAGACCUGGCUUCCCUAAGGGGAUUCCCAAUAUCUCCUCUUCACAGAUGAGACUCCAUGAGCAGGGGCAUGAGGCUGGCCGAGACGCACAUGCCCCUUGGGGCUCCGCUUCUGCUGUUGGGGCUGUGGGCACUCCUGGGUCCAGUCCAGGCCUCCCCUGAUCGCCCCUCAUGGCGCUAUGCCUCCGUUGAGGUGGUGAUUCCCCGGAAGCACACCCACCAUGGUAGAGGCCUUCAGGUGCCCAGCUGGCUGUCCUACAGCCUGCGCUUUGGGGGCCAGAGGCACAUCAUCCAUCUGCGGAAAAUGACCAAGUUUCAACCCACAAAUGUGCUGGUGGUGACCCAGAAUGACCAAGGUGCCCUGCAGACACAGUAUCCCUACAUCCCUGUGGACUGUAAGUACAUGGGCUAUGUGGAGGAAGUGCCUUACUCGACGGCCAACAUCGACACGUGCUAUGGAGGCCUGGAGGGGAUCAUCAAGUUGGAUGACCUGACCUAUGAAAUCAAGCCCCUCAAGGAUUCCCUCACUUUUGAGCACACUGUGUCUCAGAUAAUGGUGGAUGUCAAUACAACAGAGCCUCCAUUUAGACCUGAAGAGGACAGGCCCUCACUGCCGGAUGGGGCUAAUGACACUACAGACCCCAGGAUCCCGAGCAAGGUGUAUCUAUACCAUCCUAUCAUACUAAAAGCCUUAAUUAUAAGUCCCAAUGAGAUAUACAGGAGAUAUGGCCGCAACAGGACAGCUACUAUCAGAUUUAUGAUGAGACUAGCGGGUGCAAUUCGAGGAAUAGCUCAAAAUAUUGGUCUUACAUACAUUGUCAUUGCUUUGUGCAUAUUUGAUACACAGGAUCCAAUGGAAAUUACUGACUACAGAAUGCCACAAGGUCCUUUUUUUCAAUUCUACAAAACUACAUUCUUUCCUACCAUCAGACCCAAUUCAGCCUUGGUGAUACUUCUGCAAGGACCUUAUGAAUUAGAUGUUGCUCCACCAUAUUAUGGCACAUGCAAAGACAGACACGUGAUCUAUCUUGGUCUAAAGCGUAGACACUACUUCUUAGGAGCUGUCAUAGGAGCACAACAGGUUACGAGAAAUUUCGGCUUAUUUUAUGAUCAUGCCUACUGCCAGUGCCAGAGAAGGGCCACCUGCGUGAUGUACUUGCACCCUGUUCUAACUGAUGCAUUCAGUAAUUGCUCCUACAUGCACUUGGCACACAUAGUUACAGGGGUAACACUCUGGUGCCUGUAUUUCAAAUCUUUCACAUACUAUAACCACACUGACACAGAGUAUUUGUGUGGGAACAGAGUAGUGGAACCAGGGGAGCACUGUGACUGCGGAUCCUUCAAGCAGUGCUACACCAAUCCAUGUUGCCAAACUAACUGCAAUCUUACGCCCGGUAGCAUUUGUGAUGGGCAAGACUGCUGCACAAACUGCACCUACUCCCCUACAGGGACACUGUGCAGAGCCAUCAAGAAUAUAUGCGACCUGCCAGAGCACUGCUUGGGAAACACACUCACCUGUCCAGAAGACCUGUAUAUGCAAGAUGGAACCCCGUGCACUGAAGAAGGCUACUGCUAUCUAGGAAACUGCUCUGACCGCAGCAUGCAUUGCAGAGAGAUCUUUGGAAGAAACGCUGUGAAGGGGGACAUUAUCUGCUAUCAAAUAAAUGCAAAAGGCAACAGAUUUGGACAUUGUUCUCGAGCCCAUUCAUCGCUCUUUCACAGACCCUGUCUGCCAGAAAACCUUCUUUGUGGAAGGUUGCAGUGCGGCAAUGUCUCCCACCUUCCCCGGUUGCAGGAACACGUCUCAUUCCAUCAGUCUAAGUUUGAAAACUCUUGGUGUUUUGGAGUGGAUGAACACCGGGAGACGCUAACUGUUGACGUUGGACAUGUGCGGAGUGGUUCGCAAUGCGCUCCUGGAAAAUACUGCAUAAAUUUCCUGUGCAAUGGCUCCCUGCCAGACCUGAACUAUGACUGUGCACCAGAGAAGUGCAGUUUCAGGGGAGUUUGCAACAACCACAGGCAAUGUCAUUGUCAUGUAGGUUGGGAUCCUCCACUAUGUAAAAAAAGAGGUGCUGGGGGGAGUGCGAGCAGUGGGCCACCUCCAAGAUACAUACGAGUUGUCACCCAGAAGGAGGAUAUUGUGCAUUUCCUGAGAGUGGUCUUUGGUCGCAUUUAUGCAUUCAUAGCAGCACUGCUCUUUGGGGUGGCCGCAAAUGUGCGCACCAUCAAGACUGUCACUGUUCAGCCAGCAAAUGCUCCUCAGCCAACUUAAGGGAGUCAGCCUUCCAUCCCUGUAAAGCCAUGGGCACUUUUGGAGGAAGGAGACAAAGCCUCAAGUCUUUGACAUCCGCAAAGUCCCCAGGGGCCUUGGCAUGUGUGGGGCAAUAUGGGAGGCAGGGACGCUGCGCACAGUAACGGUUCCUCAUUGGCUGCAGAUGCCCGAUGUGUAACGAACCCAAAUAAAUCCU